UUCUCCAACAUAAUUCCAACCUGUGUUUUAACGUAUCCCAACCAACACGUGCAACCUUCUCUUCAUGGUCAGUCAGUCAGCGUUUCCACUAUACGCAGUCCACCAACAAUAAAUAAUGCACUAACGUGUCCCUAACAACGGUUUCGCCGAAACAGGCAAACAAAUCACACCUCGGUCAGUGUUUUGUUGGUGCGAAGUUGGAAAAAGUUUUCCGAACCGUCCGUAAACUAUCUCUAAAUUGUAGAGCAUUUUUUAGCGAUAAUUGCUUCUCAAGAUCAUGUUUAUUGCAAUCUGGAUAAGCCUGCUGUGGUUGAUUGGUGUUAGUGAUGCUAAAUACGUGGAAGGACACCUGAAAACAACUUCGGAUUGGGCAUUCUUGGCAAGGUUCUGCUUUCUAUCGAAUCAUGGUCGGUAUCAGUACGAGAUUGAGUACGAAAAACGGUAUGGGGAGUUGAAACUCCUGCUCUACUACGACGAUAAAACGCAAUGGCCUGCGGUGUAUAAAUCGGAUAGACCAUUGACAUGUUCUGAGAAACUCUCAGUGCUGAGCGUAAUUGAUAAUCAGAUUGUGACGUUGACGCCACGAAACCAUUUGUACUCUGGUUGUUCCCUUCUAACGCAAAACUCAAAAGACAACAAGGAAGUUUUGAAAAAGAGCUCACCAGAUCCUUCUGUGGGUCGUACCCCGUCGAACGAGGAAGACACGUUUACCUACGAUCAGUUUUUGAAACCUAGCACACCGGAAGUGAGUGUGGAUCCCAGCGAAGAAUUCGAAUGGAAUUCAACGGAGAUCGAUUUGUCGACCAUUGAGAACAGUACUUUUGUGCCGAUGGCCGAGGCGCAUAGCGUGGAGUACAACGGUUUGGAGAACAGUACCGAUUACCGCGUGUACGUGGAACAACUGUUUGAUAAUACGGCAGAGGGUCUCGACAAUGUGACCCGAAUCAGAAGAGCUGCCAAGUUUGAUACAAAGCUUAUAGUGAGCUGCAGCAAUCAUGGUACAUUCACCAGUUCACGGCAGAGGUGGUGGUACAUUGCCAUUUCCAACUGUGGGAGCAACCGAGGAUUGGACGUUUUCUACAGAUUCAAGAUGACCAAUGGUGUUCCCGGAGAUUUUUGGCACGAGCAUUUUUCAGCCGAUGAAAUGUACAUCCCGCCAAUCUUGCUGGUCGAAUCGAUUGCCUACACUCUCCUCCUGCUGGCAGUAUUCCUGUGUGCCAUAGAGCUCAAAUCCCGCCAUCUGUACCACUGCACGUACCGCUUGUUCGCCUUGAGUGUGCUGCUCCACUGGUUCGGAGUUCUGCUGCUGAGCGUAACGUGGGCCAAGUAUGCCGUUUCCGGAAUUGGGCCCUUCACCAGUUUUGGAUCGUUCUUCACCAGCGCCAGUGAAAUCACCUUCCUGCUGUUGCUGCUCCUGAUGGCCAAAGGGUAUACAAUCACUCGUGCUAGACUGAAGACCUGCGCCACGGUGAAGAUCACCGUGUUCACCAAUCUGUACGUGAUCGUGUACAUUUCACUGUUCAUUUAUCAAUCCGAGGCAUUCGAUCCAGGAGAGGUCCUAAAUCUGUACGAAUCUCCAGCAGGAUUCGGAUUGGCCGGCCUACGGUGCGUGAGCUGGGGCUUCUUUAUCUAUUCUUGCGCAGCUACGAUACGGAAAUUUACUGAAAAAGCGCCAUUCUACUAUCCAUUUACAUUGCUGGGAUCGAUAUGGAUCAUGAGUGGGCCGAUCUUAACAGUCGUCGGAGUGAACGUUCUAGAUCCUUGGGUUCGAGAGAGUGUCAUGUUUGGGGCUCUGACGUUGGUAGCAUUCUGCGGACACUCAGCAUUCCUGUGGCUUACGUGGCCCUCAAGAGCUAACAAGAGUUUUCCCUAUCACGUUCGUACGAAUCAUGUCGGAAUAUCAGCUGCCGACGAUGAAGUGAAUUACCCGCGGCAUACAUAUGAACCGGCACCCCCAGAAACGGGUAUCAUAAUUCCGUUGUCAAGCAAUACGGCAACACUGAAUGGAAUCUACGAUCAGUAUCUACGCGAAAGAGACAUUUACCACAGCGCAUCGACUCCAAUCAGCUAUGUAUCAUUUCCGGCGACUGCGAAGUCGCUCAACAACAAUCACCAUCCUUACCCAAAUCCUCAAAACCACCCCGCCCUCCUGAGGUCCAACCCCUCCCAGAACAAUCAACGCAACAUCUACAGUCCACCUGAGAGUGCGCCGCAAAGCUUGGCCAUCAGUAACGGAACUCAUGGCAACGACAGCAAUAACAAUAACCAUAACGACGGCGAAGACAACGUUGCCAACAAUAACGACAACUAUGGCAACGAUAUCCUGGUCGAUUCCGGCCAUCCAUCAUUGGACAUUUCGAUUUCCACAAGCCCUCCGAAGCACGAUGGAAGCGGUUCGACCACCAACAGCAACCAUUCCAACGGAAAUGCCGAGGAGGAGCAGAGAACAUCCUCAGGUAUGGGCAGUACGACACCUUCGGCGCCACCAGCAGCAGCUUUGGACGCGACACAUAUCAACAGUCCCCGCGUGGAACCGAAACCGUUUAACCCGUUCAUUGUGGGUGCGGCUGCAGCAGCCAUGGCCGAGGAACGGCGACGGAACAAGAUCAUACUGCCCAGUCUGGAGGGACACCACCCGGAAGGGACGGUUCCGAAGCAUCUGUUUGCUGCCAAACGGGAGGAAAGGACCAGUUAAGCUGAGUGGGGCAUUGAAAAUUUAAUACAGUUCGAUAAAUUUGAAUGAUUCGGUGUUCUUUGACUCAGGCCAUCCAAGGAGCCAUGUUGUACAUAAUCAGUUACUAUGAUAGUCUCUUAA